AUGCUGUCAAGUUCAACUAGCAUAACUACCGAUAUAACAAAUGAGGUCAUUAAUGCAUCUAUACCGGUUUCUCAUUCAUCAUCAACCAAAAUAUAUUAUCCAAAUUCUUUGACUUAUGAAGGACAAGGUCGUAUAAAUCAAUUGGGUGGCGUAUUUAUUAACGGACGUCCAUUGCCUAAUCAUCUUCGUAUGACAAUUAUUGAUAUGGCUAAUCAAGGUAUUCGACCUUGUGUUAUAAGUCGACAGUUACGUGUAUCACAUGGAUGUGUAUCAAAAAUUUUAUCACGUUUUGCUGAAACAGGUUCAAUUGAACCUGGUUCAAUUAUUAAUAAUUCAAAAUCGAACAAUCUUUCAGCUGAUAUUGAACAAAAAAUUAAUGAAUAUAAAAAUAUAUAUUCAAAUAGUCCAAAAUUUGUUUCAGAAAUACGUGAACGAUUAAUUCGUGAUGGUAUUUGUAAACCAACAUCAUUACCAAGUUUAAAUACAUUAACAAGAUUAUUAUAUAAUGAUGAUUAUGAUUAUGAUAAGAAUCAUGAUGAAGAAUUAAAUAAUGAAAAAAAAUCAACAGAUAAAAUAAUAAAAAAUCGUCGAUAUCGAACUACAUUUAAUCAAGAUCAAAUUGAUGAAUUAGAACAAAUUUUUCAAGAAACACAUUAUCCUGAUGUUCAAAUAAGAGAAAAAUUAUCAAAACAUACAGGAUUAACUGAAGCACGUAUUCAGGUAUGGUUUUCAAAUCGUCGCGCUCGUUGGCGAAAAAUAGCUGCUGCACAUCAACAACAAUUACCAGCUAGUACUAAUUCAUUAGUAUUUCCUAAUAGACCUAUUGCAACAAGUAGUGUACCGAUUCCAGAACCAUCAAUAUCAUCUUCUUACUUUCAUUUUAAUCCAUAUUGUUUAUCUACUAUUGAAAAAUCAUCAUCAACUAUGGAUUCAAGAUUUCAUCCAUCAAAUGAAUGUACGAGUAGUACGAAUAUAAAUAAUUCUACUAAUUUAUUUGUUAAUCAACAAUCAUCGUUUUAUACCCGGUAUAAUAAUAAUGAUUACGAACAAAUCUAUCGAUCAACAGCAACAUUUCCAUAUACAUCUUCGAAUGUAUCUGGAUCAAUUUUUUCAUCAUCAACUUCAACUUCACCACCAUCGUUUUAUACACCGAAUAUAUUUGACGUUCAUAAUGUUUAUCUAUAA